AUGUUGCUAAAAGUAAAUGUCUCUGCAGGAAUAGAAAUUCUUUGUGUUUUGGUUCAGAAAGAUUUGAUCUUGGGAGGAGAAAGGUCAGGCAUGGAUGAGAAUGGGACACCAGAUUACAGCGGUGGGGGCUCGGACAUGGACCUGCUCAUGCUCUCAGGGUUUGAUGACCUUGACAGUUUCCCAGAGCUCGGCGCCGGUCCUUCAUUUAGUGACGGUAUCUUGCCGUCUUUCAGUGUUUCACCUGUGCAGCAGGUGACACAUAUCUCACCUUCACCACCUUCUGUGGAUGCUGAGGAGCAAGGUGAUGUUUCCAUUACUGAUGGUAGUGAUUGCUCUGUCAGUUUAGCCUCUAACGAGGUCAUGAACGUUAGCGCUCCCACUGUCCCAAAGACAGUUUAUGGUGGCGUCACCCUGAUGGAGAGGAUGCUCAGGGCAUUGGCCAUGCUUAAAGAAGCAUCAACUGCUGGGCCAGUCCUUGUGCAAGUUUGGAUCCCUGUAAGAAAUGGAGAUCACCAAGUGCUGACCACCUCUGACCAGCCUUUCUUGCUUGAUGAGAGGCUCACAGGGUACAGGGAAGUCUCUAGGCAGUUCACAUUCUCAGCCACAGAAGGACCUGGUCUGUUUCCUGGAUUGCCUGGGCGUGUUUUCAUAUCCGGUAUGCCAGAGUGGACAUCGAACGUGAUGUACUACAACACUUCAGAGUUCUUGAGGGUAGACUAUGCGAUUCGCAAUGAAGUCCGGGGAUCCCUUGCCAUGCCGGUUUUCAACUCAAGUGGCGGCUCUUGCUGUGCUGUGUUGGAAGUAGUCAUGACACAGGAAAAGGAUAACUUUUGCUCAGAGAUGGACAACCUUUCUAAUGCUCUGCAGUCUGUUCAUCUGAGCACUGUGCGAGCAAGGACACAUCCUCAGAGCCUUACUAGGAAUCAGCAAUCAGUAUUGACGGAAAUAUUGGAUGUUCUCCGAGCUGUUUGCCAUACACACAUGCUACCUUUGGCACUUGCAUGGAUUCCAGUUUGCCCCAACAGCAGUUUGAAUGUGUCAGCAGAGUAUGGUGACCAGGCUAUAAAGUUUGGUCUGAGGAACAAAGAUGUCCUUUGCGUUCAAGAAUCUGCCUGUUACAUCAAUGACAUGAGAAUGCAUGAUUUCCUCCGUGCCUGUGCAGAACACCCCCUUGAGAAAGGACAAGGUGUUGCUGGAAAUGCAAUUUUAUCAAAUCAUCCCUUCUUCUCAUCCGAUGUGAGAGAAUAUGAUAUGCAUGAUUAUCCGCUGGCACAUCAUGCCCGUAAGUUUGGUCUUCAUGCUGCUGUUGCUAUCAGGUUGCGUAGCACAUACACUGGCAAUGAUGACUAUGUGCUAGAGUUUUUCCUUCCACUGACAUGCAAAGUUCGUGAAGAACAACAGCUCUUACUUGACGACAUCUCAAUGACCAUGCAAAGAGUAUGCAGUAGUCUGAGAACAGUUUCAGAUGCUGAACUGAAGGAAAACACCACAACAAUGCGAUCAGAAAUAAGAUGCUCGUCGUCUGAUGUUUCUAUUAGUUCAUGUAACCAAAUUGAUGUAUCCAGUGAAGUCAAAAUAAAUGUGCCUUUAGAAAAUCAGAUAAAAAACAGUGUUGAGCAACUGGCGGAUAAAAAAUAUGCCAAGUUUGAACCUGGCACUACAUCUCAAAAUUUUGAAAACUGCAGCUCAACAGGGAAGAAUGUUAGCUUGACUCUCCUUCAGGAAUCUACAUCUGAUGGGCUGAAAAUACGCAGCUCAACGGAGAAGCAUGUUAGCUUGAAAAUCCUUCAGCAAUACUUUGCUGGCAGUUUAAAAGAUGCUGCAAAGAGCAUUGGUGUUUGUCCUACAACACUGAAAAGGAUAUGCCGGCAGCAUGGAAUAUCAAGGUGGCCAUCUCGUAAGAUAAAGAAGGUAAAUCGGUCACUAGAGAAGAUUCAGAAUGUGAUAAGUACUGUACACGAAGUGGAUGGAGUGAUAAAAUAUGAUCCUGCCACUGGAUGUAUUGUUUCAUCUGUUUCCCAUACUGAAGAGCCUUCGAUGAUGAAUGUUGAACAUCGAAGUUCUGAUUCCCUGCCCACUGAAUGCCGUAAGUUCCAACCUGAUUAUGAUGCAUACAAAAGAGAACAUCUAGGCCAAGCUGUACCCCACAAAGCACAGAAUGAGAAAAGGAGCGAAACUCAUAUUAACUUGAAUCCUGGAGGGUUAUCUCGAAAUUCACAUUUUGGUAGAACAUCAAAAGGGUCAGAGUGUCAGGAUGCGUCAAACGAUUCAUAUCUUACAAAAGAAAUGAUCUGUCCUGGCGGUAUGGAGAUGUGGGUUGAGGGAGCUGAGCAAAAGAAUGUAUUGUGGAAUUCUAUUUCUAUGCCUCAGCAAUGGAAAAUUGAGAUAGAAACAGACAAGUCUAAUGCGAUUGUUGAGCAAAGCCUGGCAUCUUCUUCCAGCAUGACAGAUUGCUCCAGUGGCGGUACAUCGAGUGAUGGGACUUUGAAGAAAUGCUUGAAGAGUCGACCAGUAGAUGGAAGCAAUGCGAGCAUAGUUGUGAAGGCCGCUUACAAGGAUGACACUGUAAGGUUGAAAUUACUACCAUCCAUGAAAUACCAGGAUCUGCUUGAAGAAAUCGCAAAGAGGCUGAAGCUAUCAGUUGGCGCAUUUCAGCUCAAGUACAAGGAUGAUGAGGAUGAAUGGGUGAUUUUAGCGAGCGAUGCUGAUCUCCAGGAAUGCCUUGAUGUACUAGACACCACCGGGGCACGCAUCAUGAAAGUUCAAGUACGAGAUGUUCCAUGUGCCACUGGAGCUUCUUCGGGUAGUAGCUUUAUAUCUGGUCAAUAG